CAUUUCGUCUUGCUCCCAUUUCCCCACAACCAUCGCCUCGAGCGUUGAUCCUUGUUGUCACCGCAUCUCUUCGCUUGUAAAUUUUGGUGGUCAACCGUCCUGACAAUAACAAUUUUCAAUCUCUACUGUUCCUUCGACACAGGAGCUCGACGACCACGAAUAUAAAGCAAGGGCCAUCGAUCUCCCGGCCUCGGACAGACUCCGGUUGCGCUUCAAUUCCACAGCGUCUACCGCUUGACUCAAUAGACACACUACGUCGAACUUAUCUCUCGAACGUAUUCUCUCUCAAUCUUGAAGAGUUCACGCACUACUUGACAUCAAACUCCUUUCGAGCUCGAAGCGCCAGUGUCGUCUGCAAGCACUUCGACGUCUCCAGCCGCAUCGACGUAUCUCGUCCGAAACCGACAGGGCUAGACUUUCAAAAUGGUUCAAAUCAGUGAGGUGAAGGGCAAUUCGCGCGAAAACCGCACCGCUGCCCACACCCAUAUUAAGGGACUUGGAUUGCGGUCAGAUGGCACAGCUGAAAAAUCUGCCGCUGGAUUCAUCGGCCAGACUGCCGCUCGUGAGGCAUGCGGGGUCGUUGUUGACCUCAUCCGGGCAAAAAAAAUGGCUGGACGAGCCGUAUUGCUCGCUGGUGGUCCUGGCACUGGUAAAACCGCACUCGCCCUCGCGGUCUCGCAAGAACUCGGCACCAAGGUGCCAUUCUGCCCUAUUGUCGGCAGCGAGAUUUACUCCACAGAAGUGAAGAAGACGGAGGCACUCAUGGAGAACUUCCGAAGGGCUAUCGGUCUACGGGUUCGAGAAACCAAGGAGGUCUACGAAGGAGAGGUGACUGAGUUGACGCCGGAGGAGUCUGAGAAUCCCUUGGGUGGCUAUGGCCGCACAAUCAGCCACCUCUUGAUCGGCCUCAAGUCAUAUCGAGGUACCAAGAAGCUCCGCCUCGACCCGAGCAUUUACGAGGCGAUCCAAAAGGAGCGCGUCACCGUUGGUGAUGUCAUCUAUAUUGAAGCCAACACUGGAGCCGUCAAGCGCGUUGGUCGGUCAGACGCGUACGCUACAGAGUUUGACCUUGAGGCCGAGGAAUAUGUGCCGAUCCCCAAGGGCGAUGUACACAAGAAAAAGGAAAUUGUGCAGGAUGUGACAUUGCAUGAUCUCGAUGUAGCAAACGCCCGCCCACAGGGAGGACAAGACAUCAUGAGCAUGAUGGGCCAGCUUAUGAAGCCCAAGAAGACGGAAAUUACGGACAAGCUGCGACAGGAGAUUAACAAAGUCGUCAACCGGUACAUCGACCAGGGUGUGGCCGAGCUCGUGCCUGGUGUCCUAUUCAUUGAUGAAGUGCACAUGCUCGAUAUUGAGUGCUUUACAUAUCUCAAUCGUGCUCUCGAGUCGACCAUCUCACCUAUUGUUAUCCUCGCCUCAAAUCGGGGUAAAUGCACCAUUCGCGGCACCGAGGACAUCGUCGCUGCUCAUGGCGUUCCUCCGGACCUCCUCGCCCGUCUGCUCAUCAUCCCUACAAACGCUUACGACCCCGAGGAAGUCAAGAUGAUUAUUCGUCUCCGUGCACGUACCGAAAACCUCUCCCUCUCCGAGGCUGCCUUGGAGAAAAUUUCCGAGCACGGUGUCCGUAUCAGUCUGCGGUACGCGCUGCAGUUGUUGACUCCGGCAAGCAUCCUGUCUCGGGUCAACGGACGCAAGGAGAUUGAUGUGUCCGAUGUAGCGGAGUGUGAGGAUCUCUUCAUCGACGCGAGAAGAAGUGCCAACAUUGUCAGUCAUGCUGACACGUUCAUCUCGUGAUUCCAUUCUGGUUUCUACUAAGAACGAAGGGGAUUGGGUUGCUUACUUUCUUUUUCAUGUUACUUCCAAAAAUGGGGAUCUGAAUGUUCAAGAGGCCGACAACGGCACUAUUCUUCUCGAGGCGUUUGGUUUGUAAUGCACGUAUCUAUCAGUUCAUAUCAGAUUAGACGCUAGAAUUGAGCGUUGUUUAGGUGGUUUAAGAAUUUACAGUCGUAGAUUGUGUGAAUGAGAUGCGACAAAGCAUGAAAAGUAUGUUGAAAUGAAUCAAGCUUUGCCAGCUAUCUCGAAACAGUAGUGUAGCAGUGCAUGAAGAAAUUGGUUUGUCAGUGGAUCGUGGGUUUGGUUUUAUGUUGUUGUGAGUUCUGCAGUGCUGCGACUACGGGGUACUUUGAAGUUUGCCG